AUGUUCAAUUUAGAGCAAUUCUUGCUUAAUCCUAAAGAUGAACUACCAAGAUUACAUCUUGCAAAGAAAGCGGAACUCUUGACUAUCACCCAGAAAUGGCAAAUACCUUCAGAGUCCUCCUAUGUCAAAGCUAGAUUGAUAAGCGACAUCCUCCAAUUUCUAAUUGCAAAGAAUGUAGUUAAAGAGAGCGACGAAGAAGUAGAAGAAGUACGUUACCUGACCGGUGCGGUUGCUACCAAACCCGAAGUAUUCUUCGACACUUUCGAGGAUACAGCUACCUCGCUCGAGUGGCCGGCAGAACAUUGGGUAAUGCUCAUUAGAAACGGUUUCAAAGGUAAGGCAGCUUAUGUUUCCUCGCAAAUGAUUACUGUUAAGGAUUAUCAGAUCCUUAAGAAAGCUAUUCUAGACGCUUAUUCAAUCACAAUAGAAGGAUAUCGUCAAAGUUUCCGCAAUUCACAGAAAUCUCCAACCCAGACAUUUGUGGAAUUUUGUGAUACUAAAGUUAGACAAUUUCAAAAGUGGAUUGACAAAGCUGGAAUUAAAGAAUUUGAGUCACUUAAAAGUCUGGUAAUCAUGGAAGAGUUUCUUAGAAAAGUGCCAUUUAACAUUGCUAACUAUAUUUUAGAUAAGGAGGAAACUGAUCUCAUGAAAGCAGCUAGUCUGGCAGAUGACUAUUUUCUGCGCCAUAAAUCGUAUAAACCUGCCCAUAAUAAAACUACCUUUUUUUCAGACAGAUUUUGUACUUACUGUAAGCAGGUAGGACAUCCCAUUGAAAAGUGCCCAGAUCCUCAGUGUAGAAAGUCUGAAGUCAAAGAACAUAAGCCUGGUAAAAAACAGGAUUCCAAGAAAACGAUGCAUGUGACCGUCCCUACUCCAGAUUUAGAUUCCUUCAAACCUUACACAUGCCAAGGUUCAGUAAAUGGGAAACCUGUAGUUUGUCUUCGUGAUACAGGAUCGUCUCAAACUAUUAUCAACCUACCACCACAGGAGCUGACAAUGAAGCAAGAAUAUGUUGCUGUAACGGACUUGACAUCGACCAAGACUCUACCCUUGGCUGAGGUAACACUUCAGUGCCCCUACUACACAGGCAUUUUAGAUCUUCCAAAGCACCAGUAACUUCCACGUGGCAUGACUGUCACCAGCUUGUCUUACCAGCAACCCUUGUACCACCACUUCUAGAUUUGGCUCACACCUCUGAAUCCCAUCUAGGAGUUAAUAAAACCUAUCACAGAGUUUCACAGGACUUCUUCUGGCCAGGUAUAAAGAAAGAUAUUAAGGAGUACAUAAUGUCCUGUCAUCAAUGCCAGGUCACAGGUAGGCCCAACGAGAGUAUUAUUCGUGCACCUUUGCAGCCCAUCUCUGUACCAAAACAACCUUUUGAGAAAAUAAUUAUUGACUGUGUAGGACCUAUGCCUAAAACACGGAAAGGUAACGAGUACUUGCUAACUAUCUUGUGUCCUACUACUAGAUAUCCCAUUGCAAUGCCUAUUAAGAACAUUAAUGCCAAAACAAUCAUUGGUCAGCUUGUUAAGGUGUUCACAACCUUUGGAUUUCCUAAGAUUCUCCAAUGUGACAGAGGUACUAA